UUUGCUUUGGGACGGGCUUCUGGUCUGGAAGAGAGUCGGAGUCUUGAGUUUCUUCUUCUUUGGUGAAGAUGAAGACGAUUGUGGUGUUUUUUGGGAUUCUGGUACUCGUUUCCCAGCAUGCCUCUGGGAUUGAGGUGUUGGAGGGAAUGGAGGCUGUCGUGUUGCCCUGCUUGUUACCAUGGUUAACUGAGAGCACCAAAGUGGUGUGGCGAUGCCACUUUUGCAAUCCCUCGACCGUUCACGUGCAUCAGGACGAGUACCAGCCUUAUCUUCAAAACCAACAUUUCAGCGGCCGGACGUCGAUGUCAGCUGAUGCUCUGGUAUCUGGAGACCUCAGCCUCACGCUGAAGGACCCGCACCGCUCUGACAGCGGCGUCUACACCUGCACCGCCUACGACGAUGACGAUGAAAUGACAACGCCAGAGUACGAGGUACACCUGCAGGUCUCAGUUCCCCAGCAUCACUCAGAUGUUGAGGUGUAUGGGAGGGGGAGGUCUGUCUCUCUGCCCUGCCACGUACCAGGGUUACCCAAGGAUACUAAAGUGGUCUGGAGCCGCUUUGGUUUCAAUCCCCCGACCGUCCACCAGCAUCUGGACUCCGCUGAGCCCCGUUUCCAAAACAACCUUUACAGUGGCCGGACGUCGAUGUCAGCUGAUGCUCUGGUAACUGGAGACCUCAGCCUCACCCUGAGGGACCCCCACCUCUCUGACAGCGGCGUCUACACCUGCACCGUCUACAGCAGUCAACGCAUAAGGAGACAGAUAGUUGUGCGUCUGCAGGUCUCAGAAUUGUUUCCUUUCCAUCCUCAAUUUCUCCUGGUUGCUGUCCGGGUUUUGGGCCUAGCUGUUGCCGUUGCUUCGGGUCUAGCUUCUUAUUUUUGGCAGAGAAUCUUCACAGUCUCCUGGGUGGAGGUGAAAGAAGAAGAGUUCUUUGUCAAGCUUCCUUGCGUAUUCAGAGCCCCGUUGCCCGUAGACGUGACGGUGGAGUGGAGCCGCUGUGCCCCCGAGCCCAUGAAGGUCCACGAGUAUCGGAACCACAGCCACUACGCUGCCACACACGACACGUUUUAUUUAAACCGCACAAAGAUGGAGAAAGAUCCAGUGAGAACUGGAGACUUCAGUCUGACCCUGAGGGACCCCUGCUACAGGGACAGUGGCACCUACAUCUGCACCCUCCACAAGAACAGACACAUCUGGAUGCAGAAAGUAGUCCAUCUCCAGGUCAAAGUCGCCCAAGAGGUAGUGGACGUCGGAGAGACGGCUACAUGUUUCACGCUGCCCUUCAAAACUAGAGCUAACCUUCCUGCAGAUGCAACGGUGGAGUGGACGCGCACUACACCCGAGCCCAUGGUUGUCCAUGUGUAUGAGAACGGCCAGGACCAGCCUGACAGACAGGACGAAUGUUACUAUGGUCACACAAAGAUGAUUGCUGACCCUCUGCAAUCCAAAGAUCUCAGCGUAACCAUCAAUAACUCCGGCUACCGUGACAGAGGGACCUACGUCUGCACCGUCCACAAGGAUGGAGACAUCCUGGCCCAGAAAGUGGUGGAGCGCCGCCUCACAU